UGCCUGACGAGCACAUCCUGAACAUGAAAGUAAGAAGAAUCACAUGCUCAGUGUUUUACACCAACAUUAUUUGCAAAGCGGUGUAACGCACUUCACAACAAUUCAUUUUACCAUCCCCAUCAUCAUUUUUAUUGAAUCGCUUUGUGGUCCUGUACGUGUACAGCGAUGCUCCGCUUCAUCUGUCGCUUUCGACCCGUAAGAAGACCGUCCAACGCUCAUAAAUUACGAACUGCUAUCUUUACGUGGUACAGCGUAGCGCAUCGCACGCAAAUACGUGAGGCAUUCUUUUGCAUAUGGUGUGCUGAUUUGAGAGCAGGACCUUGUUCAGAACAGCGGUGAGUGUUGAUCGGUUGGUGCACAAACUCUUCCACCGAUCAAAGCCUCUACUUUCACUCAUACAUUUCCUAAUUCAUCCCUUUUUAGUAACUCCGCCCAAGCCACACACAAAUCCACAAAACAAACCACCAAUCACUAUCAAAAUGUCUAAUUGACAAUGUUAUCAAAAAUGAUACAGCACUUCACGUAUCAUACAAUGCCAUGGAUAGUUCAAGUGCUUGCAUAUUUAUAACACGUCUCGUACGGUUAAUACGUAUGCUUAUGUCUUGCCAUCUGUUGAUGCUUUUGCAUUUUUUCACUUUCCUGUUUAUAAAAAAUUAAAAAUUUAUCCCACGUGAUGAGGGAAUGCGAUGAGGAGAAAAACCUGCAGGAUGCUUUGAUCGAUAUCGUAGAGGAAAGCAAUAGUACGUGCGAGAGUGCUGAUGAGUAUAUGCUCUACAAUACAGAAUACGAUGACGAGUUGGGGAAUGCCAACAGGAUGAAGGUGAAAGAAGCCUUGGCAAAAUUGAAGGAGAAGAAGGGUGAUGUGUACGAGAUUUGUCUGUCCAAGAAUACCAUAUUAGGUGAUAUUGUGAAUUAUUUGAACGGCAGGAAGAUGAAAGGUAGGGUGGAGAAAAGAGGAAUGGAGAAGAAAAUCUUGGAAGAGAAGAACUGUCAAGUGAGGGUUGAGGUCAGGAGCAAAGUAAAGAUAUGUGAUGAUGACAAUGGUAAGAGGAUAAGAGCGAAGGACAAGGAGUACUUCAAAACGAAUUUCUGUGGUAACUGGGAUUGAUCAGCACAGUGCGAUGCUCGUUCGUUUUAAUGGUAUGUUUGUGUUCUCAUAUUCUCCUCCUGGUCAGUAUUCUGGAGAACUGCGGUUGCAGCGUGUGCUGGUUAGCAGAUGGGCAGCUACCCCGGCCCGCAUUGUUCCUUUGGCUGAUGAGAAAUUUAAGUAAACGUAUUGUUCGGAUUUU